AUGGGUAAUGAAAUUCUUUCUGAAUCAUCGCUGAAUUUUUCAAUUAAAAGAUUGCUAGGUCGCGCCAUACGUUCAACAAUGGAUGAAGAAACGACCACUUUGCAUGCGAGUUUGCUUCAUCAAUUAUGCGAUAAAUCAAAGAGUGUGAUACGUGAAUUGGAUUCCAGUAACGAUCUAACAUUCCUUCGAUUACGAACGAGGAAACACGAAAUUAUGAUUGCUCUUGAUCGAGAUUAUUUAUUGGCUGUUAUUCAGAAUAUUACGAAUUAA